UUAACGAGGAGGAGGAUGAGGAGGUCAAGGAGGAUGAGAAGGACGAGGGUGAGGUAGAGGAGGAGGUAGACUAGGGGGAGGACAAGGAUGAGGAGGAAGACGAGUACGAAAGCCAGACAGACGAGGAGGAAGACUACUACGAGGAGAAAGGAGGACAAGGACAAGGAGGAGGAGGUGAAGGAGCGGGACAAGAACAAGGAGGAGAAAGAGGAGGAGGAGCGGGACAAGAACAAGGAGGAGAACGAGAACGAGGAGGAGGAAAACGAGCAUGAGGAGGGAGAGAGCAGCGAAGAGGAAAGAGGAAACCAUGACGCAGGAAAGCGCGCUCACCGGAGAGAAGAGGGAGGAGGAGAAGAGGAGGACAUGCAGGAACGAGGAAGAGUAGGGCCCGCGAACAGUAUGCUCGGUUUCAUCCGACCAAUCGUUGUAGCUCACAGCGUGGGGUCAGCAGCUUAUAGGGACCACAUGACGAUCCAGAUCCCAAUUAGGAAGAAGCGGAACACGGGCGAAGGAGGAGGAGGAGGAAGAGGAGGAGGAGGAGGAGGAGGAGGAGGAGGAGAAGGAGGAGGAGGAGGAGGAGAAGGAAGAGAAGGAGGAAGAGGAGGAGGAGGAGGAGGAGAAGGAGGAAAGCAAUCGAUGUAUACACCGCCUGAGACGGGGCACUCCCGGGGAGGAGGAGGAGGAGAAGGAAGAGGGGAGGAAGAGGUGGUGGCGAUGGGCAGGAGAAAUCCAGCACAAGUAGAGGAUAGCGGAGCCGAUCUGGAUCGCGAUCGUCGGGACCUUCGCGAACACCCGCCGAUCCGGAUCGCGACCAACAUGCGGCGGCAGGUAGAAGGAGAAGAUGGUGAACGGUCAAUUCGGCGGCACGGGCAAAUUGAUCCAAAGAGGAGGAGGAUGUGAAUGGAGAGAGGAGAGAGGAGAGGAGAUUCCUACCGUAGCUUACUUAUUCCCCCUAACAUAACUCCCUAUGGUCAUCACGGCAUUUGACCAGGAUGGAGGCUGUAUUCAUUUACGAGUUCCUAUUAAAGAAAAGAACUGUAUGAUUCUUUUAGUGCAAUUUAUUACUAUUAUUGAUUUCUAUUACCAUUAAUUAUAUAUAUAUUACUAUAUUAUUACUGUGAAUAUGACAAUGAAAGCAACAUGACAUA